GGGGGGGGGUUCCGGUUCAACUACGGGGUGUUUAUCGACCUGCAAGACGGGGUGGGGAGCGGGAGGAGGGGGUUGAAUAGCAGCUGAAACACAUUUGUUUACCAUUAGACUACUGUUUGGUGUUGUGAAUCAAGUGGGGUCAUAUUGUAUAGAUAUAUUUAUAUUUAUAUACAGUAUACUGCAAAAUUUAUACCGUCUAUAAUAUGUCAUGGCUGCCAUCUAGUGAUGUCAUGGCUGCCAUCUAGUGACGUCAUGGCUGCCAUCUAGUGACGUCAUGGCUGCCAUCUAGUGACGUCAUGGCUGCCAUCCGCGUUACACGAACCCUGGCAAGAUCAAUGCCCCCCGAGGCUUCCCUAACAACGCCGUCUACCUCUACGUGCUCUCCGCAGGCUCGCAUGGCGCUGGACCGCGGGGCGCAGGCCGUCAUCUUCGAUGUCACCGACGACGCCCAAGCCAUCGAGGAGAUGACUGUGAAGCUGUCGGAGAAGGCCUUCCUGCCCCGUCCCGUGGUGAUCGUGAAGGCGGGGAACGCGGAGCAGCUCAUGAUGCUGGUGAACAGGAACGAGGAGGCUUGGGUCCGCAUCCAGAUCGUGUUGGAGCCCACCAAAUGGCCCUACUACGACGUGUGCAUCCUGCUCACCAUCGUGCUGGUGAUCCUCACAAUCGUCAUGAUCUUCGCCUUCCGCUACAAGUGCAAGUCCAGCAGGACCUGGGACUCGCUCCACCAGGACACGAUGCGAGUCAUCAGCCGCCUGGAGACCAAGACCUAUAGCACCCAGGGGUGCUCGGGGUCCCAGCGCCACCACCGGGCCUGGGGGUCGGCCAGCAGCUCCAACUCCAGCCCUGUGUGCGCCAUCUGCCUGGAGGACUUCCAGGACGGACAGGACCUGCGGAUCAUCUCGUGUGCCCACGAGUUCCACAAGGUCUGCGUGGACCCCUGGCUCCUGCAGCACCGCACCUGUCCCCUGUGCAUGCACAACAUCAUGGGGGCCGAUCGCCUGCCCCAGAGGGCCCGUCUCCAGCCGGCGCCGGAGCACAGCCAGGGCUUCCUGCACCCCCAGCAGUACAGCGCGGCCCACGGCCACCCCUUCCCCCGCCACGCCGUCCCCUUCUCCCUGCGCCCCGAGUACCCGGCGGGCCCCUCGGGGCCCUACCCCUCCAUAGCGCACUACAGCGCCGCCGCGCCCCUGGACGCGCAGACGUACCGCUUCCUAGCCGGGAGGCCCCUGGGGGCCGGCUGCGGGUACCACCUGCCCGCCGAGGGCCCCGGGAGGCCCCUCAGGAUGGGGGGCAACUGCCGGACGUCCACGCACCACUACGGCCCCCGCCGGCCCUGCCACAACUUCCGCUCGGCGUGCCCCGCCCAGCGGAGCGCGUCCGGCUCCCGGCUGCCCCACGGGGCCCCCCAGGGCCGGGGCGGGGGCCUGCUGGCCCCCCGCCCCGGCCGGCAGGCCACGGGCAGCUGCUCCGGGGGCGGCUACGGCACGGAGCGCAGCGGGUACCUGGCGGACGGGCCGGCCAGCGACUCCAGCUCGGGCCCCUGCCACGGCUCCUCCAGCGACUCGGUGCUCAACUGCACCGACGUGUCCCUGGAGGGCGUCUUCGGCAGCUGCUCCAGCUUCCGCAGCUCGCUGAGCAGCGACUACGACCCCUUCGUGUACUACGGGCCGGGCCCCGAGGCCCCGGCGCCGCGGCCCCGCUCCCUGGACUCGGUGGUGGUGCGCCCGGGCUACCCCGAGGACCCCCCACCCCAGACUGUGUUCAGCCACAUCCACUACCACCGCCACCGCCACCACCACUACGAGGACGGCGGGCCCGGCCCGGGCCCCGGCAGGGGCUCCGACGAGGACCCGGGGCCCGGGCCGUCGGCCGAGGCCGGCGCCGCCAGCGCCGCCGCAGCCCCGGACCGGCACUCGCCCAAGGGCCCCCCCAGGCACAGCCCCUGCCAGUGUCCCAAGGCCAACCCCCGGCCCCCCGGGACGGAGGCGCUUGACCACGACCCCCCCGCCGUGGCCCCGGGCCCCCCGCAGCCCCAACAGCCCCCGCCCCCCUGCUGCCACCAGAGCCGCUCCCCCCCCCACCGGCGGGGCGGGUGCCGGCACGAGGGCCCGUCGGCGGGCUUCGCCCCGGGCCUGGACCUGCAGGACGACUGCAGCAUCCACAUCCACUACGGCCAGGGGGCGGGCUACUGCUGCCCCCCGCCCGACCGGCCCGCCGCCCUGCUGCCCGUGCCCCUCAUCCUGGACUCUGGGGGGGGCCUGGAGGACUGGCCCCCCUGCUGCGGCGGGGCCCACGUGGUGUGGCAGAAGCGGGUGCAGCAGGCCCACUCGGAGCCCCAGCUCCUGGGGCCGCGGGUCCCCGUGGACAGGGGCCCCGCGUGCCGCUGCCACCACGGGGCCACGGGCGUUUGUUUAUACUGCCACGCGUACCACCACAAUCAGGGAUCAGAGGAGGAGUCUGGUGUGUGAGGACUUGUCGUAUACCCCCUCCCCCCAGUUUCACGCUGCUACACAGGAGCCAGAAAGGACAAGCCUAUGAUUGGCACAUCUCUCUCUCUCUCUCUCUCUCUCUCUCAUGUCUUCCAAUUGAAUUCCACACCAUGGCCUUGUUCCCGCCCCCUGCCACACCUUGAUGCACUCAAGGCACAAGACGAUGAAUAAGCCUCAAGGAUGGACUGGUACAGUCGGCUCAACGCCAACAUUCACACAACACCUGCUGUGGGCUUCUCUGUAUGCUGUCCAAAAAACUCUCGGAUUGUACGAAAUGCUGUCGUUGUCAUACUCAUCGAUCCCUUUGUGACCAGAUUCUGAUUCACCAUUUCAAUGUUUGUCCACCAGGAGGGGUCGUUAUUUGGGGAGGUGGGAGGGGGGGGGGGACUAGGGGGUGGGUUCAUCAAAUGGUUUGACAUUGAAUCAUACUGAACCGUAUUUCAUAUUGAGAUGUGUAGCAGGCUCAUUCUCUCGAGGGCGAAGACUAAAAGACUGAUCGCUGCUUCGGGUCUGAGCCUUCCAGUGAAGUGAGAUUCCAUCCCUAAAGGACGCAAAAAAACCCGAUCUUUAUCAAAGAGGUACUUUUUCUCUCUGCAUGCUUGAUUCUAUUUAUUUUUGUAUUGUGUUUGUCUCCACCCUUUUGCUGGGAAACCUUCUCAGCUGAGAGAACAGUGUUGUCUCUCCGGCCUACCUCAGAUCAGGAUCUUGAACACGCCCCCUCCCCACAGGGGUCCACAAAAGGUACUGCUGUAGCGAAUAGUCAUUUCAAUACCCCCAUCACCCCCGCCCCCCCCCCCCCCCCCCAGGUCCAGAUAGAGACGUCCAGCUUUCUCCAGCCCCUUUAAACACAGAUCAUUCACAGUGGUAGCAGGGAGCGGCAUUGGGCCUUGUAUUCAUAAUAUUUCAGUAAUGGCAGCUGUUUUUUGUCCCACAUUUGUUAAUGUAUGGGGUCAUUGUUUUUUUUUUUCCUCUUUUUUUAAGUACCGGUUUUGACUGAAUUCCGUCAGCAUAAUCACAAGCUAUUUUUCUCUCACUCACGCUGCUUUUUUUUUUGUUUUACUCAUUUUUUUUAUUUGUGUGUCGAAUGGUUACUUCUCAUGUCGGACCUCGGUGCUGGUUUCGGGGAGGCGGAGCGAAAGACGUCAGGACGGUUGUACCAUUUUCAGACCAUUUUCUCCCCGUCCUUCCAUUUUUAUACUUAAUACGUCUGGAAACGACACCCCGCUGAGUCCUCAGAGAAGGACGCCUCCAAGCCUAGAUCUUCAUGUUUGGAGACAAUGCAGACACAUCUUCAUCAUGAUCUCAGUGGAUUAAAGCCAUGCUCUUUGUACAACAAGCAUCCAAGUGUUUUAGCACCUUGCUGGUGCUAUGCCAGCGCUUCCCCACUAUUUAUUAUUCAUGUCCUGAAACUGAGAAACAUCUCAGGAAAUCUAAAAACACUGGAAUAGAAGACAGAUGUAGCUAAUUUGGCUUAAGUACCUAUCAACCAUUGAAACCAUAUAGAUGUUAAAAACAUAGAAAGGUUCACAUUUAGGAUUUAUGUGGUCAUACGUAUUGCCAGAUAACUGUAGAAAGUAAAGUACUGGUAAACCCAAGAUUCAAUCUAAUUCACAUUUGUCAAUUGGUGAGGGAGUUGUUCUUAAUGCGUUGUUCCCAACUUUUGAAUUGUCCACAGCUUUUGGACAAAAUAUGUAGCUAUUUUUCAGAGUCUCCAAAGAUUGCAUCCACGUUUAUGUCAACCAAUACAUUUCUUAUGUGUGCCUGUAUGACUUUAAAGCAAAGUCUUCUCUCUAACUAUGCAAGACUUCACCAUGCUUACAACAUUAAAAUGAAACACUUAAUAAGAUCAUAGCAUUUUUAUACUCUUUGUGGCCGAAAUAUAUCUUAAAAAAGCACAGUGGGAAUAUAAACGAAGACGAGGUCGUUUCCAUACAGCAUUCGGUUUAGGAAGCAGAGAUAUGUUCUGGUAUUAGAGCCGUUAGCACUUAGCAAAGAAAUAUAGCCUACAGGAGAGUGGCUGGCAGAGGCUACAUCGCUACGUUCCCGGGUACGUUUGAUAACCGGUUUCUAUGUUAUCCCCGUACCAUGUGCCUUAUGAACGUAGUUCUCCCUCCCCUGGUCGGGGGCAGCACAGGGCUAAGGAUCCGAGUGCACCAACGUCUCCCCUUCACUAUAAACUCUUAUACACAUCGUCUAACCAAAGAGGCAAGCUUUGAAAACAUGAGUGAACUACACCUUAAUAACUGCCAUAUAAUCUCCCCAACCCCUCUUUUAUUUUUUGCCUCGACUAUCAACCGCAACGACGCGUGUUUAAAGCUGGCAAGAAUUUCCACGUCCAGGUUCAAUCAGCCAAAAGUUGAGGGGCAAUUGUACACGCGUUUUGUUUCUAUAUAUUUCGUACUCCUUGUGCUUAUACCUCAUUUUGAAUGUCACAAAGCGGUCCGUUGCUAAGAAAAACCUGCUCGUCUGUUAUAUUUAUUGUGGCCUGAAUGCUCCUACUAGAUUACGAUCAGAAGAAAGAUCUGAAACACAAGCAGCACUUUGGCUUAGGAAUACAUGACCUGUGAGGCAAGAUCACCGACACGACAGAAGAGAGAACGGAAAACCACCAACCAGGGGUAAUUGAUCGUUGUCACGGUAAAGGUUGAGCAGUUUAUCAAUAAAAAAUCAAAUGGGGAUCUGUGGAUACUUUUAUCCUUUUUAAAAGGGUCUUUCCUGUUGUAUUCUUGUGCAAAAAAUAUUGAGCUGAAUCUGCCUUUUUUUUUUAUAGUGGGUUACAGUCGCUGUAGAGCUGUCACAGAUCUGAUGAGUAUAUUUUGUGUACAAAAGGAGAAAGACAAAAACAGAAAUGAAAUAGUGUUGUAUUUUAUAUAUGAUAGAACAUUUCAAUAUAGUGACAUAGUGUCACUAAUAUAUUUAUUUACUAAUAUAUAUUUAUCCAUUUGUCCAGGUUUGAAAACAGUGGUUGUGUAUUGAACGAGUCUUUAUGAAUCUAACCAGUGCCAUCGCAGAUGUAUCAACCUGGCCGCAUUCCAAUUAUAUGCAAAUAAAUUAUUUUGAAAUAGAAACUGACGAAUGAAUUUUUUUCGCCCGCAUUUUAAUCUAUCGUGGCGGCGUCUACCGCAACACCGUCGCAUCGACGUCAGACUCCAGCCCUCUUUAAGUCUCCACCAUCUUCCCUCCAGCCAUGAUUACAGACACAUUUCACCAAACUGUAUCAGGGGGACACACUCACGUACCCCCUCCAUUGAUCACUGACAUCUUGCCGCACUUUUAGCUAAUUGUAGUGGUGGUGGGAAAGCUAGAAUCGAUAUAAUGUAAAAUGACAUUCAUUUUCGGUUUCUAAUGACAAGGGGGAAAGUUUCCUUCCAUUGUUGUGGGACGAGGGGGGGGGGGGGGGGGGGGGG